UGAAAAAAAAACAUUGAAUAGCAAUUAAAGCACAAGAAUGGGAAACAAAGAUCAGUCAAGAAGAACAAUGGAAGAAACAUCAACAAAUGAAGAGGUAGAGGCUACAAAUGAGAAGAAUACCACUUUUUAUCUUUACCAUCCAUGUUCUCUACUCCAAAAAUUCCUUGGAACUCUCUUCAAAUGUUUAGGCUUUGAGAUUGAAACCAACAAAAAAGAACAUGAUGAGGUAAAAUCUCCUUCAGAUACAGAAGAGGAUGUUAGAACUGAUGACAACACAACAAGUGAACAUGAAAGUUCCCAAAAAGUUCUUGCAUGUGCAGAACAAAAGGAAUGUUCAUCGAGUACUACUUCAAGUUUUCAAUUUAUCAGAACUUUGAUAAUUAGGCGUGGUGGACCAAGAAGAUCAGGAUCUAGUUCGGGAUCAGGUCCUGGGAUUAAUUAACUAACUAAUCCAGUAGUUGAUUCUGAUGUAUUAGUAGUAAUCUAGUAGUAGAAACAAAAAUAUCGUUCCAUAGAUUCUUUUUCUAUAUUGUUUCAACAUACAAUCUUUCUAUCCUUCCCUAGGGGCUUUCUAUGUAAGAACUUUUGUCUAUGUGUGGAAAUUAACUAUCUAUAUGUGCAUGACAGUAUGACACUACUAAAUAAUGUUCCCCGUUACCUUUGGAUCGAUUUUGAAGCAAGAAUUUACAUAAACAACGAAUGAUUUAAA